AUGGAGAGCUCUACGAUAAAGCUCUCGGAGCUGCUCCGGCAUCCCGACGACCUGGACAAAAUUCCGGCCCUGAAGCUCGAAUACUUACGGAAGAAGGGGGCAGUCGAUUCGCAGCUCCGCGGCGGGCUCAAGGAGCAAUUGGAAAUUACGCAGUCUGGGAUGAAUGGGCUUACGGAUGGGCAACGGACGGUACAGCUUAUCAAGGAGGAGAUGAUGAAGAUUGACAAGUUAUGCGCCGAGUCGCAAAAUAUGAUCCGGGACUUCCCCAAUAUCAACCUGGUUUCGCAGACUCAUCGGAAUUUCAGCGCCGUGCAGACAAUGCGGACUAAUUUGAAUAGCUUCAAUGACCGGCUGACUCAGGUGGAGAUGAUGCUGAGGGAGGACGACCAGGAUCCAGAGAAUAUGCCGAAUUUGCUGGCUGUCCACUAUGAAUUGACGCAACUUCGGAACAUAAGGGAUGAUUCUAUGGAACAGAUAUUGAGAGCCGACGAUACGAGUCUGCAGAGCACCUUGGAAGAUUAUUUUGCGAGGUUGGAUGAGACGAUUGAUUGGUUUGAUGAGCAUAUUGGGACUAUCGCCUUGAAUCUGAUCAGUGUGCUCAUUAACGGGAACAACGGCUUGGUGGUUCGACUGGCAGUGAUUAUUGAAGCGGAAGAGAAGAGUGAUAAAAGAGUCAAGGCGCUACAAGACGCAUUGAAGGAUCACAAGGAAAUGGCAGCAAGAUUCCAAAGCAUUACGGAUGGCGCGAAGACUGUUAGAGGCUAUAAGGAGAAGUUCCUACAGGCCAUACAGGUACAUGCCGAUGAGCAGAUGACAGAAACCAAGCAAGCAUUCCUGGAGGACCCAUCGCUCUUAGAGAAGAGUCUGAGAUGGUUCUUCAACGAUCUCAACGCCGUUAAGCAAGGAAUGGUGCCUCUUAUGCCGAAGAAGUGGAAGAUAUUCCAAACAUACGGCAAGACCUAUCACGCACUUAUGCAUGACACUCUGGUUGGCAUGAUUGACGAUCCCGAUACUAGUUCUGCCAAUAUGCUUUCCAUACUCAACUGGCCUGAAAAGUACUAUAAAAAGAUGGCAAAGCUAGGAUUCUCCCAAGACGAGUUGACGCCACAUGUCAUUGACGCCCGAGAGGGUGAGCUGGUCCGCGAGUUCCGCCAACUCAUUAUUCGAUAUCUUGAUCAAUGGCUAGACAGGAUAUUCAAAACAGAGAAGAAGGAUUUUGCUGAGCGGAAUGUGGACGGCUCCAAUUUGGAUGUUGAUGAAUAUGGCUACUUCCGGACGAAGAAUCUGGUCGAUAUGUGGCGGAUGUUGAGAGAACAAAUUGAUGCCGCCGGAAACUCUCAAAGGGCGGAUGUCGCGGAAGGCGUUAUUGACGCUAUGAUUCUACGAUUGAAAAGCCGGCAACAGGGUUGGCAGAAGAUGCUCGAUGAAGAGGCUGCGAGAUAUUAUGGCAGUACGCCUGAGCUCGAAGGUUUCCAGGCUCUUCAAGAUUGGCUUGUUGCCACAGCGAACGACCAGAUCGCCUGCAUCGAUGAUAACGAGGAAGAUGGCCGCUUCGCAUAUCUCUCAGGCUUCCGCCAGAAAUUCGAGCCGUUGGUAUCGCCUCAAUAUCUUGAGCGCGUGGAUGUCGAGAUCUCUACCCUUCGUGACGGCUAUGUUGACCUCAGUACCCACUGCAUUGCCAAAUUUGCGCAGCUUAUCUUUGCCGUGGAUUUCCGAACUGUUAUUCCUGACUUCUUCACUGCGAAAUGGUAUUCUGCAACUGCUAUGAAGCAAAUGGUUGUCACAUUUGAGGAAUACGUCGGCGAUUACAAGGCAGUUCUACACCACUCCUUGCUCGACAUCUUUAUCGAGGAAUUAGCAGAUGAGCUGCUAAUACGGUAUCUUUCAAGCGUCAGGAACAAAGGAGCGAAGUUCAAACGCCAAGAUCCUUUCAAAGACAAACUAUUCAACGACGUCUCCGUAGCAUUUGAAUUCUUCAAUAAUAACCCCAAUCUAAGUCCCGAUGUUGGCGAUACAAUUAAGCAAAAGUGGAGAGUCACAGAACCAUUUUUGCAGCUCGUUGAAGCAGACAAAAACAUUAUACCUGAGGUCUUUGCGGGCUUCAAGUUGGAUUAUUGGGAUUUGCAGCUUAGUUGGGUGGAGGCUGUGUUAAGGACGAGGGAUGAUUUCGAUCGGAGUAUGCUUAAUGCGGUUAAGACACGAGCAGCGCAGAUUGAUGUCGUUAGAGGAGUAGAAACAAUCAUGAGCAAGGUUAAAUAG